AUGUCGCAUCACGAUCGCCAGGCCAAGAAGCGAAAAACGGCACACAAUGGCCGGCAGGACCAUACGUCCUUUAAGCCCUCAGCCAGCUUCACCCCCGUCCAGGGUGGUAGGGACUGGACCGUGUCCGUUGCAAUCCCCAGCAGCAUCCUGACCAACCUCGCCACCGCGGACCAACGCAUGGCAGCCCCUGGCCGCAUCGCCCGCGCCCUCGCCGUCUUCUCCGUCGACGAGGUCGUCGUCUUUGAUGACUCGCCCGCAUCGUCGCGCCCACGCCAGACGGACCCCGCGGCCUACACGGGCGACACGGACCCGUGCCACUUCCUCGCUCACAUCCUGUCCUUUCUCGAGGCGCCGCCGUUUAUGCGCAAGACGCUCUUCCCGCUGCACCCCAACCUGCGGCUGACGGCUCUCCUGCCGAGCCUCGACAUGCCGCACCACCCGCAUCCCAAGGAGUGGAUCGCCUACCGCGAAGGCGUCACCGUCGCCGGCAAGACGAGCUCAGGCAAGGGCACCCUCGUCGAGGUGGGGCUGGAGGAACCCGUCGAGAUUGAGGAGCAGAUCCCGCCCAAGACGAGGGUGACGCUGCGUUUCCCCGACGACCAGUCCCAGUACCCCGAGUGCAUCCACCCAGCGGCGCCCCGCACUGACGGCGGCUUCUACUGGGGCUACACAGUCCGCCGCUGCGCCUCGCUCUCGUCCGUCUUCACCGAGUCGCCGUACGACGACGGUUACGAUAUGAGCAUCGGCACCUCGGAGCGGGGCAUGCCCGUGUCCAGGGCCUUUCCCCCGUCGUCCUCCAAACCCCUCGACUUCAAGCACCUUCUCAUCGUCUUUGGCGGGCCCCGCGGGCUCGAGUUUGCCUCCAUGAACGACGAAGAGCUGAGCGGCAGGGACGUUCAAGGCACCAAGACCAAGGAGCUGUUUGACCACUGGCUCAACGUGCUGCCGAACCAGGGGAGCAGGACGAUUAGGACCGAGGAGGCUGUGUUUAUUGCGUUGACGGCCCUCAGGGGUCUGUGGGAUGCAAGCUGA